AUGGAGGGGAGAACGCUGAGGAGAGGAACAAAACAGGGAGGCUCGGGAGCUGCCACAGUGGCAAGUAGACGUCAGGGGGCCAAGGGCUGCACACAGGGCCUGGAGAAGCCAGCAGAGCAGAGCACUGCUGCCAUGCAAGGAGCAGGAAAACACCACCGCAAACCCAGAAAGCUGAAGGCUCGCCCUGCUGCACACCGUGAGGACUUCGGCCAUGGGAAGAACUCUGACUCAGCCCAAAGUAAAGCCAAAGGGGCACAGUUUAAGGAAAGCCUUCGGUGGGAUGGGAUCCUGGAGGACCCCGCAGCGGAGGAGGAGAGGCUGCAAACCUACAGGCUGAACAGAAGGAAGCGGUACGAGCUGUACCUGCAGCAACACCGCCCCACUGCAGGGCAUCACCCAUCACACUGAGCAGUGCUGCAGUUCUUUUCCAGGGCAGCAAACAGCUCCUGAAUACUGAGCGAGCCCUCCGAGCUGCAGCCUGAGCUGUCAGCAGAAAGCUCUCAGCGAGCUUUGCAGCUCAUUGCUCACCGGUUUGUAA